ACUGCCCUCUUGAAAUCAGUUUCAAGGUUUUAUAGUUUUUAGGAAAUGAACAAUACUGACUAAAACACCCUAAAAAUGUAUCCAUUCUCCUGAAAUUGGAGUGACACUUCCUGUCCUUCACUUAAACUGUUCUUCGUGUGCAUUUGCCUUUGUACCGUCCAGAAUUAUCCGACGACAAAGCCGUGUCACACCCCUUUUAAAAAGUGUCUUCUGCUCUUUAACACUGAUUACAUAACCAUGUCCAGGCAACAGACAGAGGUGAGCUUCGCCAAGAAAAUCAAGCAAGUCGAGGAUCGUUUCUCGGGUGACCAAGAAUCCGCGGCCGCGCGCUUUCAGACGGACGUUCUGAAACUGGAACGGCACUAUCAGAGUGAGCUGAGGGAGCUCUCGGAGAACCACGCCGAGCAGAAGCUCCACUGGGAGGAGCAGCUUCAGAGAGCGCUCCAAAAUGCUGAAGAAUGGCAGAAAAAGAUGCAAGAAGGAACAGAGAAACGCAACCGGGAAUGGGCAGAAGAACGGCUCGAAUUGGAGAAGAUUCACGGAGAAGUCAUGCAGGCGAUGGUGAAAAAGACCCAGCAGUUGCAACACCAGGCGGAGAGCGGCGCCGUGGCCGCUCAGACCAAAGAAAUGGCGCUCAAUCACCAGCUGAAUGAUCUGCGCAACCGACUCCAGGAGAGUCUGCAGGCCAAGGAGGAUCUUCUCGCUCACUCGGACAAAAAAGCCAACGAUGCCGAACUCCUCCUCAGCCAAACGGUAGAAGAUUUCCGACUGGAGAGGGAAGAAUUCCAGAGCGCCCACACGCAGCUGGAGGCGCAAUACCAAGAGCUGCUUUCGAUAUCCCAUCGGCAGACCGCAGAGAGGAUUUUACUCCUCACCGAGCGUGACGAUUUGAAGCUGAGGAUUGAGGACAUCGAGAGGCUUCUCAAACAGGCAGUGGAUGACUUUGAGCUGGACAGGGUGGAGCUUCAGGGACAGGUGGCUCUCCUGGAGGAGAAAUUGAAGGAAAGCCGAAGCCAGGAUCCGUUUUCGGUUGAGUCGAAGAACGCAGGAACUGCUGCGACAUCAAUUCCUGAAAAUUCCUUCAGUGAGGAAGAUCUGAAAAAGGAGCGCAACCCAACGAAAGAGCCUGACCAAGACGUGUCGCAACUGAACGUGGAUGCAAGUGAGAACCAAGACCUCCGUGCGUCAUGGACUCGUAACACAACUGUUCUUGGCGAGGGUUGUAAUGACCUUGGAAUGUCAAAUCUUGAGCAAGCUAACGACAACCCUCAAGCUGUUCCGUGUCAUGGAGAAAACGCUCAGAUGAGCGCGGAGUUCGAGUUUCCUGGGACGGAUGGAAACACCAAGUCUUUCUCACCCACUCAGUGCCGAGAUAAAGACUCAUCAAUUGGGCUCUCUGGAGCUUUGGUUGACCGCAAAGAAGAAAGUGGAUCUGAAGUUGAAUCCACCUCUACCAUGGAAAACCCCUCUCAUCAGGAUCGGUGGGAUACAGAGACCGCUUUUGGUUCCUUGGUCAUCGUGGAUCCUUGUGAACAAUUUCUAGACGAUGCCAAAGGUGAUCGUGGUUCAGAAUCUUACUGGGAUGAUUUCAACGGGGAGCAGGCAAAGGUUCGUCCAAAUAAUGUAGACGCUGAUUAUGAAGCCCAGGAUUUGACUCUUUUCGAAUUGCAAUCUUCAUACCGACAAAGCAGAGAAGAGAGUGUUCUCCUUCAGGAGAAGAUCCUUUUGCUCCAGCAGAAGACCGAGCUCCUUCAGAGUCUUUUGGAGCACAGCAGCAAGAAGAUCCAAACGGGCCACGAGUAUCUGGAGGAAAACUACAGCCUCAAAGUCAAAAUGUUCCUGCUGUUGGAGCACAUCAAAGCGCUGCAAGUCAAGGCCUCCGAGAUGAAGGAGCUUCAAGCUCGUUACGAAGACUGCGUGUGCGAGAACGCCACCCUGAAGGGGCAAAACACCGAGCUCAAAAUGAAGAUUUGGAGACUCCAAAGCCGGAUGAGCGAUGAGCGGGUUUCCCUCACAGACGACAUCGGCAGGAUUCGGCAGGAGAACCGCAAGCUCUCAGAGUUGUUCCUUGAGUUUGAAACGCGAAGGAACACCUUGGAUCCCGCUUUCCCCCAGAGCAGAAUUUCUGAGUCCUCGCCCGUGCAGGACAGCUGCGGUGAGUUUGCCGUGCACACCACCAAACUUCACCAAGGCAUCUCAGAGCCGCAAGCCGGGAAUGACACCACAUGGGCCAAUAGGUAAUGUGGAGACCACCUUGGAGCCUUGUCCCCAGAUUAGUUCUGUGGCCUGCCCUUUAUCCCCGUCAUUCCCCUCAUGUCCCUGACAGUCCUGUGACUAGAACCCAAACUGCUCCUAAAUCCAUCCCACGUGUGUGAUGGUGGUGCUGCCCCCACUGCACGGAGACAAAGUUGCAGGGAGGCAACAAAAAGUGGCAAGAACCGAAACAACGAUUUGGACUGGUUUCUACGGCAGUAUACCGCAAAGUCUCUGUCUAAAUUCGGAGCUUUGCGGACUUAUUUAGCUGCUUAGAUUCCCAGAUCGGUGACUCUCAAACUGAGGUCUGCGGAUCAAGUGGGGUCUG